AUGUCAUCGUGUUUAGAAGAGCCAAUUGCGGAAGAGGAAUACGACGAUGAGAUCGCUUGUUCGUUGGAGACGAGUUCCGAUGGCGAUGCAGAUGAUGAACAUUUACAUAAAUGUUUAGCAAGUGAGGAUGAUAGUACAGAGUAUGGUACAAUGACUCUGCGAAAACGAAAUGGUUUCUGUCCGGAGAAAAUAUCGGAGAAUCAUCGUGAACUGCAAACAAGGCGAGAGGUAGCUAUAGUGGAACGUGUUGAGGGCGAUUUCGUUGAGAAUGUCUUCAGCUCGAAUGGCAAGGAUGCUAUCAGCAAAUCACCGAGUGUAAAUGGUACAGCUAAUCAUAAAGAUGAUGUAUGUAUUAAUUCGUUGUUGAAUAUGAGUAGCAAUACAGAAACUAUUUCGAGUGGAACUCAUACACUGUGCUCUCGCAAAACACUCAAUUCGCAUUCGUUACCACGAACUCAUCCACGUUGUUACACUCAUGAAAAUCCGCUAUUUGAAUCUCUCGAUGACAUUCCCUCAAGUAUUCGUGCCAUCUCGCCUGUGAUCUCGCCACCACGCCUAAGAGGCGGAUUUUGUUUGGAUCCGGGAACCAAAAUCCAGGAAUAUGUUGAACGUGAAAACCAUCUGCAAACGGUCUCCAUAAAACGUCUUGUUAGCUCAUCUCACAUUCGUUUUCAGGUNAGGUUAUCUGCCCAAGAAAACACGGUAUUCGGUGCAACAUUGCGUCGCUUCAUUGAAUGUACAAUUGAAGGUGAAGAAAGUGAUCCUCAGGUACUGUCUACGUGUCAUAUAUCAUUGAUAUUCUGCUUCUUAUCAGUCUACGAACUGAUUACUCGCUCCAAUCGCUAUUUUCUAUCUUGA